AUUGGAUGGACGGAUCUUUUAGCACACGUUGAGAGUGUUUUCAGCGGUACAUCCCUACACAUACACCUUCAUCCAUUCUCGGAAGUCUGUCGUCAGCCAGGGGUCCGUUCGUCAACCCGAAUUGCUCAACUCUUGGGCGGUGGUUGACCCCCGGGGAGAAGCGUGACUCCCACGCAACCCAGUCACACAUUAUGACCACGACCUUUGAGAUCUGGCUUCGCGAGAAGCUGACCGCCGAGCUCGAGAUUGCUUCGGAUGACGACGUCUAUGUCCCCUACAUCUUGGGCAUGCUCGAGGACGAGGAGGACCUCGAGGAAAUAGCCGAGGGCAUCCAAUCGAUUCUGGCCGGAAUCUCCGACAAUGUCGACCAAAUCCAGGCCAUGAGCCGGGACAUCCAAGCCCAUUGGAGGCAGACGCAAAAUGCGGCGCCUCCGCCCACUUCCAGCUCGGAGAUCACUGACAAAAAGAUGCGGGAUCUGAGUGCUCAGUUGGCAUCGAUUGCCGCGUCCAAAACCGCGGCCUACACGGCCGCUCGAAACACGGGGUCUGGCCAUUUGGACGUGGAUCAAUCGGUGAAAGCGGCCAUUCUGGCCCAAUAUGCGGGUCGCGUGGAAGAUAGCUCGGGCGAGGAGGACGAGGAUGAUGAUGGAGAUGCGGCGGACGACCAUGUGAUGCGCAAUACGAAUGCCGAGGUCGUGGCUCGCGCAGAGGCCGAGAAACGGGAAAAAUGUCGAGCCGCAGCCAUGGCCAAGAAAGAAAAGGACGCCGAGGAUCGGGAAAGGCAGAAGACCAUGGCCGAAGACCGGAAGAAGAAGGCCCAAGACAAGGCGGCCAAGGGCGAACGACGAAAAUGAGGCCGUGGAAAAGAACCUGACCCAAUGAAGCAGAAGGAAGCGAAAUGAAACAAAAUGACACAUAAUGAACCGAACUACUCCUUCCAUCGAAUACAUCGUGCAGAGAAACCAGA